UCAAUGUGUGAUUUGUCAGUCAUUAACUAAUUUUUUAUUUUUAACUGCAUCAUUUAUGAAUACGAACGUUAAUAAUUAACAAUAAUUAAUAAAAAAUAUAUUGACUUGACAAAAUAUAGUCAGGCAACCCACCCUACGCCCAAGUUCAUGUUGAUUACGUUUGCAUAACUCUGCGUUUGGUUUUGUGGUGAUUUAUUUCAGAAACAGUGAUAUUAAUGUUCGGCAUGUAAAAGCAAAUUAUAAACAUAUAAAUAUUAGUUAAAUAUAAAAUGGCAUUAACAUUUUACAGAAAAUUUGGAGGUCCGGUAGUUAAUCGUACAAAUCAAUUAUGGUGUAAAAAAAUCCGAAGAAGUUAUUCAACCGAUUAUUCUAAUUGGGAUGGAAGAGGGAGCCCGGAUAAGAAACCGGUGACAAAAUUACCACCUUUAAGCAAACCUGUUGAGGGUUUACCAAGGAUACGUUAUGCCACUUUGAAAGAAGAACACCAAAAGACUCAAAUUACUGUGUUGUCUAAUGGACUAACGGUGGCAUCAGAAAAUAGAUUUGGAGAAUUUUGUACUGUAGGAGUUGUCAUUGACUCUGGGUCAAGGUAUGAAGUGGCCUUUCCUAGUGGAAUCUCACAUUUUCUAGAGAAACUAGCUUUUAAUUCUACACAUCAGUAUCCUGACAAAGAUGAAAUGAUGAGAAAUCUAGAGAAACAUGGUGGUAUCUGUGAUAGCCAAGGAUCUAAGGAUACUUUUUUGUAUGCUGCCUCAGCUUCUACUUCUGGUUUAAACGAUGUCAUUCAGAUGCUUGGAGAAGUUGUUUUACGUCCCCAAAUUAAGGAAGAGGAAGUUGAAGCUGCUAGACAAACGAUAUCAUUUGAAUUACAAAUGCUGAACAUGAGACCUGAACAAGAAACUUUAUUAAUGGACAUGAUUCAUGCUGCUGCAUAUAGAGAUAAUACAUUAGGCCUUCCUAAAUUGUGUCCAGUUAAUAAUUUAGACAAGAUAAAUAGAAAAGUGCUGUUCACAUAUUUGAAUUUGUAUCACAGUCCAAGGCGAAUGGUGGUGGCUGGGGUAGGUGUGGAGCAUGAGAGGUUGGUCAGAUGUGUUGAAAAGUUCUUUGUGGAUGAACCACCCAUUUGGGUAAAAGAUAAGAGCCUUAUUAUUGAUGAUAAUAAAAUUAAGGUGGACAGCAGUUUAGCUCAGUAUACAGGGGGAAUAAUUACAGAAGAGUGUGAAAUUCCCCAAUUUGCGUCGGCUGGCCUUCCCAUUCUUUCUCACGUCAUGUUAGGAUUGGAAGGUUGCUCCCAUAAAGAUCCUAACUUUAUUCCCAUGUGUGUUCUUAACAUGAUGAUGGGUGGAGGAGGUUCCUUUAGCGCCGGAGGACCUGGAAAGGGGAUGUACACAAGACUUUACACCAAUGUGCUCAACAGGUACACAUGGAUGUACAGCGCCACUGCUUAUAACCAUGCAUAUGCUGAUAGCGGUCUGUUUUGUAUUCAUGCAAGUGCACCUCCUGAAAACGUACGAGAAAUGGUGGAAGUAAUUGUGAAAGAAAUGGUAAACAUGGCUGGGAAUGUUAGUGACGAAGAACUACAGAGAGCGAAGACUCAACUGCAGUCCAUGCUGUUAAUGAACCUUGAAUCCAGACCAGUGAUAUUUGAAGAUAUUGGUAGGCAAGUGUUGGCAACUGGGAUGAGGAAGAGGCCUGAGCAUUUCAUUGAAGAAAUAAACAAGGUAUCAAAGGAUAAAAUAGUGGCAGUGGCCCAAAGAAUGUUGAGUUCACAGCCUGCAGUAGCAGCUCGAGGUGACCUAAAGAAUUUACCAUCUUUGGAAUAUAUCCAGGCUGGACUUCUGGACCGACAUGGGCGCAUGCCAGGAGGAAAAAGGAUGUCGCUAUUUCGAUAAAAAGAAAAAGAAAAAAGGACAUUAUCCAAAAGACAGACGUGAACUAAUGAAAAAACGAAAACAGGAAUAUUUUUUCGUUUUUAAUAUUGUAAUAGUAUUUCUGUUUUCUACAGUUGGCUCAUUUUAAGAUUUACAAAAUUGUUCCUCGUUCUUGGAGUUUUAUAGUGCCGACCAAUGGUAGUAAAUUGAUUUCUAUUGCGUUUUUUUUUUCUAUUAAUUAUUAAACUUAACAAACGUUUAGUUUGAAGUAAAUAAAAAAAUAAAUAAUAGAACAAGGUUCGAAAUAUUAUGUGUGUAAAUAUUGUAACUGUUAUUAUUUUAGAAAAUCGGCUGUUUAGAGGAAAUGUAUCAACAGAAAAAGGUAUUUAUUGAUUUAAAUUUAAUCAAAAUUAACUAAAU